UCUUUAAGUAUAGAUCAUUCGCCGUGCUGAAGUGUCCGCUUAAAAAAGGGAAUAGGCAAAUUAAAUUUGAUUGGCCUAAAAACACCUCAAAAAAUCUUCUCGAGUAUAAUUUGACUUGAAGCAAUUUUGACUGAAAUUAAGACUGACUGGCUUGACUGAUAUGAAAAAUAAUAGCAAUAAUUGAAUUAACCUAAUUUCAUUAUCUUUUUCUACAUCACAGAAUUGUCGUCGCUGUUUUUGGUAUUUGUUUUUAUUUGUUUAUGUUUAUCUUUACCUUUCAAAAGGUUAUUUCUCACCACAAGCAAUCACACAUCACGCGUACCAUCAGCUGGACCUUGGACGCAACGCUGCAAAGAAAACUUUUACAUCUAACUUCAAAAAUACAGAGCAAACAACCAGAAAUCAACAUUUCGGACUGCUGAGUUUUGGGCAAUGCAUUUGAUGUGGCGAUUAUAGACAGUGCCGAAGGAACCUUGGCGUAGUCAAUUAUCUUCCUUUUUGGGCAAACUGGGUCAAAUAUUUCGGUCAACCCCCUCCCCCAACCGACUAAAUUUCACGCGAUGAUAGUCUCGAGUGGCACUGGAAAACGGAAGUGAGCUGGGUGAUUAAAAACACAGAAAGUGUGGAAGAUUUGCAAGCAGACAAAUAAAAGCGCUGGACGAUUAAAAAAAAACGAUUUUGUUGCAUCAUGUUUCUUUCAUCCUUUCUCGUUGGCGUGAUGCUUUGCAUGACAGCCCAUGUUGAUGGAUACUUCCUUAGUGACUUGUGGGAAUACACAAAAUCCCCCUACGCAAUGACUUCAAAUCACGCCUCUUAUCGUCCAUCUUCAUCUCCACUGACCUCUUCGAAUGACCCAACCUCUUCCUGCUUGACCUCUCAGCAACCUCUUCUGGUGAUGGGGGAGAACGGAGGUCAGGCUGAGGUGCCUUGUGUGUCCAGAUGCAAAAAUGCAUACUACUCCCUUACUCCCAAAAACAGACCAAACUUCCGCUUCCACUGGUCCAGAGUUGAGUUUAUCGGCAACAUAGCUGGCCAGGAAGUAGACAAGAACAUUCUGAACUCCUUCCCCAGUAUGCCAGCCAAGUUCAACCAGUACACAACUGAAGACAUCAGACAGAGAUACAGCAUCAUGGAUGGACAGACGGGACAACAGACUCCCGACUACUCGAGUUAUGGCAACUUGAGAAUAUCUAACUUGAGAACAAAUGACAGCGGACUUUUCUCAUGUCAAUAUGGAAGUUCGAUGCAAGUCGGACGUCUAGUUCAGUUGAAUGUCACUAAAGGUCGAAGUCGAAAGCAGGCGAGCCUCUCUGUAUCAGUCGUGUCUAUCAAUUUUUGGAGUGCCAUUUUUUCACUUGCAGUUGCGCUUACUACAAACAAACUCUUCAAUCACCAAUUAUAACGAGAUCAGAAAUAUUCAAGGAGCCUCGAAUAUUCCGACCAGUCAUCCCGUUGAUAUGCAGUCAGCUUUAUCCGCAACGAAAAUCCAAUUUUUCGAAUGGAAAAAAUAGAAGAAAAUGAAAAUGACUUGGGAUGGCAAUUAAAAUGUU